AUGAAUGUCACGGAUACGAUUGCGAAACAAGAUCUGUGCUUCGAGGUUCUGUUCGACAUGAGUCUUCUCGGAAAAGAUGCCGUGGGAAUACAGCACUUGCUCCACAAUUCGAUUCUCAAAUGCUCCGCGGACGAUAAGAAAAGGGUUUUCCAGAAUGUGUAUGUUUCUGGAGGCAUCUCGAAAGUUCCUGGAUUCAGUGACCGCCUGAAAAGUCAUUUGCAAUCGAUGAAUCCGACUAUUCCAGAAAUCAAUGUGAAGACAUUGGAUAUCGGACAAAUAAUGAUGGAAGGAGCGAGGAAGAUCAUUGAAAAUGGAGGCUGCAACUGGAUCACUAAGGACCCAUUGGCUUCUCAAAAACAACAUUGA